AUGUUCUCAUUAUUUCGAUCGAAGAAAAGUCCACGAGCCUCGCCAGAACCAGAACCUGGUGUAGAAUCGGACAAUUUUGUGAUGGUCGACGAUCGAAAUCCAUUUAAGCCGAAUCUACAACCGCAAACAAACUUAUAUCCUCUGGUCAAUCCUGCAUCCACCUCGAUAAGUGAUAAUCAGCCUCAACCAGUUCAUUAUUUACAAGAUGUCCCAUUUAAACUUUCGUCGGACCUAACGGAAGGUGACACUGCCGAAGCUUUUCAAUUGCAAGUUGAUGAAAUUUUAGCUAAACUAACCCGUUGGAAUAGUGUUGAAGAAGAUUAUGAUUUUGUGCUAGAAAGGAGCUUAGUGUCACAAUAG